UACAGUAUGUUCUAGUGAAUAUGAAGCAAUUAGGUAAGCGAAGCCCCACACUCUCUCCAGAAGGCUCUUAUGGAGAAUAAAUCUUUCAUGAAGGUGACGAAAGACAUCUAAUCCAUCUAAAUCUAGCCGUUAGAAUCAACCGUUAAGCCAGCUUUUUUGGACCCCACAGAUAGAAAAUCUAUGGAAAAUGGGGGGAAUGGAAUUGAAUUUCCUGCAAUGUUUUAUUACUUAGCAAAGUACAGAUGAUUUGAGAUUCUGUGUUUCUUUGCAUUCCCUAGACUAGUAGCAAAAACCGAAGCAUGUGUUGCUUUUUUUGGUGCUUUUUGGGUGGGCUGACAGUUACCAUUUGGUCUUUAAAUGCACUGCUGAUAGAAUCCAAAAAUAUUUAAAUUCACCAUUUGUCUUUCUUUUAAAACCAUUCAGCCACUUUAAUGUGGACCAAAUUUCCGUCAGAGCUAGCUUUACAAACCAACCUUAAAAGUUUUAAUAGCUUCCCAAAAGGCACAAAGCUACCUAUGACUAUAUGAGUUCUGUGCAACAAAGUAUCUUUUUCCCUUUUGUUACAAAGUAGUUUUUGUAUUAUAAUUGACCAAGUAUAUUUCUCAUCGACUGAUGUGGAGUGUCAUUGAAUAUAGUAUAGUGAACUAGAAUCCCAGAGAGACAGAGAGACAGAGAUGCAUGCAUUGUGGGUUUCUCUGAAGGAGAACUUUAACUGUGGAGUCAAGCUGACUGGUGUUGUUCGGCCGCCUGGGACAUGUUAUAAGAAAAGGAGUCCAACUACUGAGAAGGAUAAAUUGGAAUCUGAGCUUGUUCAUAGCACAAAGGUGAUUUGCAAGCAGAACAGCACACGAACAUUGCUUUCCAGGCUUAACACUGGAGACCCAUCAAGAAACAUUGUUGAGAUGAUCUUUCAAAGAGCUUCCAUGAAUCCCACAAAGCCAUCAACAAAGAUCAAAACCGUCCUCAAGGUGAAGAACUCUGCAGAAAUUGUUGAAAGGUUCGAAAAAUAUAGAGAAAGGGUGAAGAAGAAAGCCUAUGAGCAAUAUAAAAGACAUCCAAGAAGUACGGUAGAUGGGAAUGAGCUGUUACGAUUCUAUGGCACUACAAUAGUCUGUUACAGUGAAAAGUCAAAGCGAGUCUCUGAGCUAUGUAGAGAUCCAUCUUGUGGAGCCUGCAGAAUAAUUCAAUCUAAGUUUGACACAGAUUACACCAGAAGAAAUGGGGUGCAACUGAAUACCAGCAGUGAGGACUUGAGUGAAAAUAUGAAUGCCGCUACGAGUGUUAAGAAUAUAAAGAGGGCUGCGAUAGUUUGCAGGACAAUUGCUGGGAGCAUAGUUAAUGUGGUGGAUGGGGAAUAUCUAGAUUUUGAUUCAGUUGGAAGUGAAGGACUGCUUUCCAACUUAAAAUGCUUGAUAUUGCGAAAUCCUAGUGCUGUACUUCCCUGUUUCAUUGUAGUUUUUGACUGAUCUGAAUAUUGUGUAUA